AUGGAAGAUGCAAGCGACGGCAAAGGUGCGGCACUCUCGCUGGACAACAAUGAUCAGCUCUCGAAGCGGGUGCGCUCCGGGAGCGCAAGCAGCGGCCACAAGCGCAGCUCGUCCGGCUCAUUACUUUCGCGCCUCUCCUUUCUGCGAAUGAUCCAAGCGACUCAGAACGCCCCGGAUCGGAGCCAUUCGGGCAUCGAGCGAGACGACAGCAGCGAUUUCAGCUCGGGCUUGCGAGGUGGAAGGGCAAUGUCGACUGCGAUCCAACAACACCGAAGAACGCGCAGGAGAAGGGGCUCCCUACGAAAGACCGCCUUGCUGGGCACCCGAUUCGAAUAUCGAGAUAAGAAACUUCCUAGGCCAUCGGUGGACGUGCUGCGUGGAGACGAUAUCAACCCCAACGGACAACCAUCCCUACCAAGAGGAUCAUCAUCGUCCCCUCUCCCUCCUUCCGAUUCUCAAUUACGCGCUUUCGCCGAUCCAACCGAUAACGAUACCGUUCUCCAGCAAAGCAGUUCAGGUCAUCCAGACCAUGGAGGAAAUACUUCUACAUGGACCCUUAUGGACGCACCCCAGCGAACCCGAAAUGCAGCCGCUCCCUCGCAUCGCCAGCAAAACCAAUCCAAAGAAAGCAUUCUCGGCGACGAGAUGACCACCGACGACGAAGACAUCAUACCCUUCCCUCACCCCAAUACUUCAAAUAGCGCUAUCGCCGCUGCUGCUGCCGCGGCCGCGGCGGCCGCAACCACCACCACCGGCCUCCAUCUCCCAACCGCUUCGUCCAGCUCCGACUCAUACUAUGCCUUACAAGCCGACUCGACGGCCUAUCGACCACUUCACCGCGCCAAAUCGCCCCUAGCAACUCACUCCGCCGAUAUCGUCAGCACCUCAGAGAUGGUAUGGGACUAUUCGGAGACAGAAUGGUGGGGGUGGAUAAUACUGAUUGUGACGUGGCUGGUGUUUGUGGUCGGAAUGGGAAGUUGCUUUGGUGUUUGGAGCUGGGCCUGGGACGUCGGAGAGACGCCAUAUGCUCCCCCAGAGCUGGAAGAUGACCCUACAUUACCUAUUGUGGGAUAUUAUCCUGCGUUGAUUGUGUUGACGGCCGUUAUGUCGUGGGUUUGGGUUGUUGUUGCCUGGGUGGGGAUGAAGUAUUUCAAGCAUGCUAAUAUUUCCGGGGAGGAUAUAUGA